CUGUUAUGUCUGCUACGUGCUCAUGACCAAAGUAUGCCUCUGCAGUUUCAUAUAUCUAUAGAGGCACCGGUUACAGAGCAGGCAAGACUAAAGCAAAGCAGGACUAAAGCGGGGCAGGAGCAAUGCCCUACCUCUGGGGACGAGACUCUACCACCUGAUAUCCAACACCCCGAUGUCACUUCGACACCCACGAUGUCGCAGUUCCUAUCCGGCAUGCCUGGAUCGAAGAGAAAGAGAACGCCUCGUCCAAUUAGCAUGCCUGAAGAUGAAAGAGCGGAACAAGGCCACGCUAGAGAGGCGGAUCUCGACAGCGAAGGAGGGGGCGCCGAGGCACGUCCAACUACUAAUGAUCACAGCAAUACUGACAGUGGUGGUUAUCAUUGGGGGUACGAGGGUGGGGAUCUAGGCGAAAGCUGGAGAGGUGAGGAAGAGGAUGAGGAUGAACCUGCUGAAAAUGGUGGUGUUGAGGAGAUGGUAGAUGUAUUCUUAUAUGGAGAGGAGAACAGGCAAUUUAGAUCUAAGGUUUGGACUGAAUUCUCCAAAGUUCGUGUUGGGGGUAUUAUUACCAAAGGUCAAUGUAUCCAUUGCAAUGUUGAGAUCAGUGCUAAGAGAGGGUCAGGAACAAGUGCUAUGGGAAAUCACUCGAAGAGAUGCAAAGUGAGACAAAGUGUGAUGAAUAUUGAAAAUCAGCUUAAGUCUAUUGUAAUGUCUCCUGAAGGUGUAGCUUUAAAGGAAUGGAGGUUUAGUCAGGAUGUCUCGAGAAGAGAGUUGGACAGAAUGAUUUCACUUCACGGAAUGCUAUUCUCAGUCGUCGAAUAUGAUGGAUUUAGAAGAUUUGUGUCCAGCUUAAAUCCUGCUUUCAAGAUGACAUCAAGAAGGACAAUCACGGCGGAUACUAUGAAGGUAUUUAAAGAGCAAAAACAAGCUCUUCAAGAGGCUUUAAGAACUGCCAACAGUCGAGUUUCAUUGACCAUGGACAUGUGGACAUCAAAUCAAACAUUGGGAUACAUGUGCAUAACAUGCCACUUUCUUGAUGCCGACUGGAAAAUGCAUAAGAGGAUAAUGAAGUUCUCUGUCGUGAAGACACCGCAUACAGGUGUUGCUUUGUUCAAUGUUAUUCUCAAGGCCAUCCAAGAAUGGAACAUCGAAGAUAAGAUAUUUGCAAUAACAUUGGAUAAUGCCAGCAAUAACAAUGCUAUGGUCAAGCUCUUGAGGAAAAACCUACUAGAGAAGCACUUGCUGUAUGGUACAGGAAAGUUGUUGCAUCAACGAUGUGCUGCCCAUGUGAUAAACCUGAUAUGCACAGCGGGGUUUGAAGUUAUUGAUCCAGUUGUGCAAAAGAUAUGGGAAAGUGUCAAGUACAUCCAUGGUUCUCAGUCAAGGAUGCAGAAAUUUGAAGAGAUAAUUCAGCAGUUAGGCAUAUCAUAUGGAAAGCGCCCCAAAAUUGAUACAAGUACACGUUGGAAUUCGACAUAUCUUAUGCUGGAUACUUGUUAUGAGUUUAAAAGAGACUUUGAGUCUCUCAGCCAACAAGAUUUAGAGUACCCAUAUGCACCCACGGUUGAAGAAUGGGAAAAGGCACGGUUGAUGCGUGAAUUGUUGAGAACUUUCUUUGAUGCCACAAAUGUUGUCUCGGGAUCACUUUACCCAACUGCAAAUCUACAUUUUGAUGAGAUAUGGGAAGUUAAGAUGGCCUUGGAGAAUAGAGCUAUUGAGGAGAACUCUGACCUUACUAUGACAAUUGAUGAAGGAGCUAUUGAAGGACCUGUUUAA